UGGAUUUAUUAUAGUCUAUUCUAUUAAAAUGUAUAGGAUUAAAAUAAAAUAAAUAAAACUCCACAUUUCUGGAUAGCAUUGUUGAAUGUAAUCCAGCUUUUACAAAUAAUUACAAGUAUUAUUCAACAAGUUAGUAGAGUUAACUUGAAUUUCUUUGUGGGCAAUACACAGAUUUAAUCGUUUAACCGUCGCUAUUUGUUCACCAUCCAAACUACAUGAAAUAACAUGACCAAUCCAACAGGUUUUUGUCGCGGGGGGUGUUGCGUGUCACUUUUCAAUUCAGAGCGAUGCACGGCAAACCACGAGCGCUUCACGAGAACUCAUUGACUCGAAGCUUACAUGAUUUUGGAUAAAUCACACCUCGUUUCGCAAGUACGUUAGCCUUACUUAGACGAGAGUGGAAAAGUACAAGACAGAUAUGUAAACGCCGAUGCUUUUGAUAAUUAAGACCGUCUGAGAGUUUUACUCGUACGGAGUUCUUGGGAUUUCUUGUGCCCGGUCAUGGAAACGAUACGGAGAUUUCUGCCCUGAUGCUACGAUCUCUCCGGUAAUCUUUUCUCUAAAUAAAUGGACGCGAUGUUACUGGCCUCAGCUGUGGUCGUGUGGGAAUGGCUCAGCGAGCACGGGCGCUGGCAGCCGUACAGCCCGGCGGUGUCUCGUCACAUAGAGGAGGUGAUACGAAGCGAUCCCCGCGGCGGCAGCAUCGUCCUAGGCCAAGCUGAUAACCGCCUGUCGCCCUACAUCAUCGAUUUACAGUCCAUGCAUCAGUUCAGACAAGAUACAGGUACAAUAAGACCAGUGAGACGGAGUUUCUAUGACCCCACCACAGCACCGGGCCAGGGUUGGAUAUGGGAGUGGGAAAAUGACUCUGGUUCCUGGACAGUUUAUGACAUGGAGGUAAACAUUGCCUUGCAAGCAGCACAAGAUCAACAGAAACCCUGGUUGGACCUGACAACUUUGGGCUUUUGCUACCUCGUGGACUUUCAGACCAUGACCCAGUUUAACAAGCAAACGCAACGGAAACGGCGCAUCCAGAAACGCUCUGACAUGCCUUAUCCAUUCAUCUGUGGGACACUGCCCAAAUCUACACAGGCUUGGAGUACUGGCUCAAAAACCGAAAGGAUGCUAAGAGGAGUUACAUCAGGUGGGGGCUCUACUGGUGCACUUCUUGGGAUAGGCAUUUCUGGUUCUACCCUGAGUAGAAAAGGAAGUAUGGUUUACCCUAGCGGGACACUUUCAGUGUCAUCCCUCGCCCCUGUUGGACAAUCGUGUGCGUGCCAGCAGUGCAUGCUGGUGAUGAGUAUCAAGGCGAAUGCCACAGCAACACAAACACUAGGACGCAAACCCCAUGCAACAAAACCUAAACCCAGUUUUGGGACACUUCCAAAAAACUCGAAAUCUUUGUCCGUUUUAAACUCGUAUUCUCAUGCACUACCAGAUGGUUUGCCUUUAAGCUACUCACCUUCUGGAAAAACCAAGAAGUCUGGCGAUUUUUCCCAUUCGUUUUCCCAUCUUACUCCGGACACUGCCGCUCUCUCAAUGUCAUCCAGCUGCCAUUUGCCUCCACCAUUAGCCUCGACUCCUGCUUUGUCAUUUUCCAAUCAGCGAACUUCCUCCACACAAAACACUGCGUCUUCAGUAACAUUGGUGCCAACUGCCACACUCGUCAACGUGGCAAGUACCACAUCGUCCACAACUUCUUCAACGUUACCCCAACAACGCUCUGCUGCCUAUGCUGCCCCUAUACCAUCUCGUGCCAGUCUGGCAGGGCUUAGCCAGCCUGCUUUGCAGAAAAUUGCAAGGGCACAGUCACAGGCACUUAUUGCCUCUGGGGUGCCAACAGUACCAGUGAAGAACCUUAAUGACUCCGGUCCUGUUCAUCUGGCUCUAGCUGGUAUUACUGGCAUUCUGAUGAGUGCAGCUGGACUACCCGUCUGCUUGACUCGCUUACCUAAACAAGUUUUACAUCCCCCACCUGUCAAUAAGAGUGACAUCAAACCAGUUCCUGGCAUUGGAAACUAUUGCCGCAAGACCACCAAGAAACAAGCCCGCCAAGGUGGAACACCAGAGGAGGUGGUGAAAAGUUAUUUGCAGAAGGUCAGGAAUCCACCAGAAGAAGAUUGCACUAUAUGCAUGGAAGCUCUGGGAGGGCCUUCGGGUUACAAGGGCCCAGGUGUGACGAGUGCUUCACGUACAGAGUCAGUAGGAAGACUGACAAAAUGUGGGCAUCUGUAUCAUCAGCAGUGUCUGGUGGCCAUGUACACCAAUGGUAACAAAGAUGGCAGCAUGCAGUGUCCCACGUGCAAGACCAUUUAUGGAGUGAAAACGGGCAACCAGCCACCCGGUAAGAUGGAGUACCAUGUUAUCCCUCAUUCGCUGCCAGGACACCCAGACUGCAAAACCAUUCGAAUCAUCUACAACAUACCGCCCGGCAUACAGGGCCCUGGGCAUCCAAACCCAGGGAAGCCUUUCAAUUCAAGAGGAUUUCCUCGUCAUUGCUAUAUCCCAGAUAAUGAAAAAGGGCGCAAGGUGUUAAGCAUGUUGUUGGUGGCGUGGGAUCGAAGGCUGAUCUUCUCAGUGGGCUCCUCCAGCACCACAGGAGAAUCGGACACAGUCAUCUGGAAUGAUAUCCAUCACAAGACAGAAUUUGGCUCCAAUCUUACUGGACAUGGCUAUCCAGACCCCUGCUAUCUUGACAAUGUACUUGAGGAGUUAAAAGCCCAGGGCAUCACUGAAGAUGAGGUACAACAGCAGUGAGGAUGAGCAGGAGAGAAAAGACAGGAAACCCAAUAGGAGUUGGAAGGCUUGAGGGAUAGUAGAUGGGGCGCUAUUGAAUCAGUAUGAGAUAAUAUCUCAAUACUGUGCGCUUUUGGCAAGAAGUAGCAUACCAAUGGUAAUAAUAUUUGGUUAAUGGUAAAGAAGUGUUUGGUUAAAGAUGGAAUAAAGGAUGAGAGUAUAGAAAGGAAUCUGUGUGAGAAGGAAAAAUGGGAGGUGGAGGGGACUCGUGAGGUAGAAAAUAAAAGGGCCAAGAAAGUAUUUUGUCAAAAAAGCAGCAAAGGACAAGUUUUGUUUGCUUAAGCUAUUUUAAAGUAAGAAAUUAUGGAAGUUGUAAAAACAUUGCUAGCGUCAAUGUAGGCUGUUUCCUAGAACCAAGAUCUGUAAUAUGCAUACUGAAUGUUUUAUGAAUAUGCUACUGUGAUUAUACAACAUACCCAACAUCGUUCUAUGUAUCAAAGCUUAGAUUUUCUGAACUUCUAUUUUUAUAUGAUGAUUGUGGAUAAAAUUCAAAGUUCAGUCAAUCAGAGUAAUGCUUUUGAGGUUAUCUUGAUUUAAAGUCCCCCUGUGGUGAAAAUUUAAGACAAACCAUCUGCAAAUUCAUCAUUCAACACCAUUGCUAAGUAUUUUUCCAAAGACAGACAAAAAUGCAGGUUAAAACCGCCUCCUACCUCACAAACAUGUAACCAGUCACAUAAUUACAGGUGAACAAGUGGAUCAGUAGUUCGAGCCAUAUAUGUGUAAUAUAUGUAACCGUGCAUUGUAACCUGGUAACAUCAAUGCUAAACAGUAGUGCUGCAAACAUGCAGUUAACGUAUGCAUUGUGAAACAGGACUUAGCAGCUAUGUCUUUAACCUCUUGAAUAUAGAAUCUAUGUAGAUGUAUAUCUAUGGUUUGAGCUGGUGUGAUUGUGUAGAGGCGAGGACUGAUUUGCAUAUUCAUGUUUUCACCUAUACUAAGGGCCAGAUUUACUAAACAGGGCAAAUUAGCGUGAAAGCGCAAUUUAAAAAAAAGGCAGAUGGGGUGGGAUCUCUGCAGGUGAUUUUUUUCUGGCAAGGCACACGUGUAAGGGCACGGGCGCAAAAAUGGAAUUUCUAUAAUGACCAAUGCAGUCUACCAAGAGCAGCGCAAAUUAGCAUUGGGUCUUAGACAUGUUUUUUAAGUUGUUAAAUAAUGACGCAAAUACAAGGUAAAACAACCCUGGUGUACCUUGUUGUACUUGUUUGACAAAGUUAUCCAGUAAUUGGAAAAUAAUAAAAAAUAAAUCACAAAAAAUAAUGACGCAAAUACCAGUAAAAACGUAGUAAACCGGGUUGCGUGAUUAAUUUAAAUACUCUCCUCUCAUCAUUUUUGUGUCUUAAGCAGGGGUGGGCAUUCUUGAUUCUUGUGCUGGCAUAAGCUGGGAGUAAAUCUGGCCCUAAAUGAAGAAAGGGUGUAAAGUUACAUUUAAGCUAUUUUAAAGCAUGAAGAAAAUACUGUCACAGGAAAAACGUUUACAUAUGCUAUUAUGAUGCUCAAAGAUGAGUUUUAAGUCAUUUUUGCUAGUCUACACAAAGCAUGAGAUUAAUUGGUUUUCAGAUCUAUGAGUGCUUUAGGAGGAAGAAUAAGUAAAGUUCCGUUCAGACGACCAGCGACUUUGUCGCUGUGUGUCACUCGUCUCUUUCAAUGAGGUCGAGUAACGUCCACUGCACUAACUGACGUGUGACGGAUAAUGCUUCGCUCUCAUUGGUAGUUGCUCCCGAAAAUCAAUCAUUAUUUGCAUAAAGUUGAACUUUAUCAUGUCGCUGGACACCGCCCCCCAUCCGGUCGCAAACGGUCACUGUCGCUUAUGCUGCCUGUGCUGGUGCUAGUCACUGGUGGUCUGAACAGGGCAUAAUGCUCUAUAAAAUCUCAUGUUUCACGGUACAAAAAUGUUUAGGUGUUUUGGGCCAUAAAUCGCUUUAACACCUAAGGUACAGGUUAAGGUACAUUUUUUUUCAGUGAGUGUGUUGGUAAAUUAACUGUGCUUUCUUUGUACUGUCAUUUAUAAAAUGGUUCUACUACUUGACACAGAUAUCACAGACAUUGAUGAUAUCAUACACGUCUUAGUGAUGUCACAAAAAAAUCCUUAUGUUACUUUGUGAAUAAUAUACAGCAUUAUAUUGUUAGCUUUGUUAGGGACAAUUUAGUAAUAUUUUGUCAAAUAAAUUUGUUGCCAAUUUAGUAAAAAGGAAUUUGCAUACAAAACAGACAGAACUGCUUGUAACUGUGAACUGUUUGUUUUGGCCAGUUUCUGUGUUAGGUUAAUGACUCAUUUCUAGUCACCACCAUUAAGAACAUGCCGUUGUUUGGUGUGUGUGCCUGCGUACAAUUGAAUGCUUGCAUGUGUGCGAGUCCAUGCCGCACAGUACGUUUCCACUGAUGAGUGUUUCCAUUUCUAUGGAUGUCAAUAGUGGUAAGGACAGCAGCAUGGAGAAAAGUGUACUCGUACCCCGUAACUACAAUGCUUUGUGACCAGCAUUGUGAGGAUUUCUACCACUUUUGUGUAAAUGUACUGUUAUGCGUAUGCAUUCAAUUGUGCUUGAUUAAAUGCAAAGCCCGGGGUAUAGUCUGUUUUUAUGUGUAGGCGCGCAGUCGAACACACAGCCUUGCAAAGUAUAGUUUGACUCGUACGUGUAACACAGACGUUCAGCGAAAGCGACAAAAUGCAAUGCAUCUACAUACUACAUUGCCCUGUAGACGCAUAUGCAACUUUCGUGUACAAUGUACGCGGGGUUUGAAAAAUCCAGUGUUGCGUGUACAGUAGACGUGCACUCUUUUGAUAAAGAAAAGUGCGUCAUGUACCCCGGCAUACACGUAAAAAAUGGACUAUACUUUAGCCUUAAGAGUGUAUGCUAUGCAUACACACAUCAGCCAGAUUUAAGGUACAGUUUGUUACUGAGCUUCAUAUUUUUUUUUCAUACAUUUAUAUUUCUCUUUUGUAUUGUUUUCUAAUAUUUUUUUUACUAUACUUUGUUUUAGAAUUAUAUCAGAUUUAGAAUUUUUAUACUUAAAUGUAAACUGAUGCCUACAAUUCAUUGUUCUUAUGAAUUGUACAGAUUUUCUAAAAAUGCUUCAAGUUCCUUUUCAAACUGUAUAAUAUAAUUUGACAUAUAAUGUUUUGAGAAGCAUUGUUCAUUGAGAUGAUCAGAUAUAAAAUCUUAUCAGUCGUGUUGAGGAGUUAAUUCUGGCUAAAGAAAAUGUUUUAAUAUUGGAAAAUCAAAAUAACCUGUAUGCACUAAUGAAAAUAAGUAAAAAAUAAACAAUUGAAUUGA